AUGAAUACAUGUAUUCUAUGCAAUUCUAAGUAUUCCAGAAAGUCUUUUUGAAAAAAAUAAUGGAAUGACACAAACAGCACACACAACUAUAAAUAGAUUGUGCAGACGAUACUGAAACCGAACAAACACAUGGACAUAUGAGUCCGGCGAACGCUGCAUUCUAGCGCGAAAUCAAACAAACGACAGACAACACACAGAGAGACGAGUGAGAAAAGAGCGUGUAUGUGUUUUCAACAACAUAUACACACAGUAUAUAUACAGUACGAGUCUAUUGACAUUUCAAUUCAUUUUUGUCAUGCGCCAUUUGAUGUAUUCCAGAAGCGAAGAAAAAUACGAGGCACAAGCAAAACCGAGAAAUACACAAAAAUGAAAAGUUUGUUUCUGUGAAAAUGAUAGUCAGACAUCGACACAUAGUAGUGAAAACAUACAUAUUUUAAGAUAAAAAGGAACCAGUGUUCAAAGGAUUUUUUUUUCAUAAGACCAUUUUUCUUAUUUGAUUUUGUUUUCCUUCCAGAUUGAAUAGAAAAAUCAAAGUAAACGCAGAAACAGUGAUUGCAUCAUGGUUGCAUCGGACUUAUAGGAAUAUUAUUCAACGUUUCGGAAGUCAUGACUAUUUUCAAUUGUAUAUCAAGUAUCGACCACAAGUUAACUCGGUGUUCUUACUAAACAGCACACAGUAGUGAGAGAACACACACGACGAGUCGACGACAUUUUUCGUUCACAAAGCACAUGCUACUGAAUUCUAUAGAAUUGUUGUGCGUUUUUUGUUCUAUUUUAUUGUUUUGUUUUUCGUAUUACAUAAUCGAUAGAAAGUGAGACAAAAUCGCAUAAAUCAGUUUAACAACACAGUGAUCACACAGUAAUUUAUCAAAACUAGAAAUAAAAACCGAAAAAAUCGUAAAAUUUAUCGUCAUGGCGUCGAAAUCGUAUUACAAUCCGGAACGGUUAUAUAGCCAAUGCAUUGUAAGCUAUGUCAAAAACUUGCAACCGAAAACAAGUCAACUCGAUGAAAUUGACGGCCUGCAAAUGCUACCACCGAAUAUUUUGGCUGAUAUUUAUUUGGCUAUGAGCGAAUCGGAGGAUUUACGAGAUAUUCUCUAUAAUGAAUUAUCAAAUUUAACAAUAUUCAUGAGACUGCUAAAAUACGCAGUAGCCAGACAGAAAAUGAUCAAGUGUUUUUCGGUCCUAAUGUGUAGCGGUCGACAGCUAUCAACAGAAAUUUCAUCAAAAUUUUCGAUGUACACACAUCAUCAUUUCCAAACACAUUAUAAAACGUCACCUAUGAAAAAUUCAAAUCAUAAUUUGUUAAUGUCACGUGAUAUGUGCUUGAAGCAAAUCGAAAAUGGCAUGCGGCUCGGCACAUUUCUUAGUGAAUCGGGAUGGUUGCAGGACAGUUUAAAAGUUCUGGUUACCAUUUUGAAUGUCAUUAAUACGCUAAAACUCAAUUACAAUAGUAUUAUUGUAAAAUUGGACUGUUUACAAAGAUUACUGCAUGCACAAGUUGCAUUUUGUUGUUUCGCUGACGCAAGUAAAAGCCAGCAAGAAGCUAAUGAUAUCAUUUCACACAUUGGCAUCGAGAAAGUUCCAAUCAAUUUGCUUGUUACUUAUUAUAAAGUGUUGUCGAUGCUGUAUUUUGCCAAAAGUGAUUACAAUUUAAGUUAUGACUGGAGCGUCAAAGCACUACAAUUAAUAAACGGACCCACACCCAACAAAAUUGCCAUUGAUGUACUUCGUGUUGCAGCUAAGGCGUGUGUUGUAAAACGUGAAUUUGAUAAAGCGAGAAUUCUGAUUCUGAAAGCUGUUAAAAUGGCGGGAACUUACUUUGGUGAAAGUCAUCAAAAAUAUGCAGACACAUUGCUUGAUUAUGGGUUCUUCUUGUUGAAUGUCGAUGAUAUUGUUCACAGUGUUCAAGCAUAUUCGCGUGCAUUGGAUAUUAAAACUGUGAUUCAUGGGAAUAGAAAUUUAGCUGUGGCCACAGCCGAAGAGGAUUUAUCGUAUGCAUUGUAUGUCUUAGAAUACAGUUCGGGAAAUUUCCAAAGUGCUCGUGAGCAUAUUUGCAAAUCAAUCGAUAUAUUGCGUUCACUUUUGCCAAAAGAUCAUUUGUUACUGUCAUCCGCACGAAGGGUGAAGGCAUUAAUUUUAGAAGAAAUCGCAUUGGAUAAUGGCCAUGGUCUUGCCGGCGAUACAGCGGAAUAUCAAAACCUACUGAUUGAAGCCGAAGAAUUACAUCAAUCUGCAUUGAAAAUUACAAUCGAUGCAUUUGGAGAGGUCAAUGUUCAAACUGCCAAACAUUAUGGCAACCUUGGUCGAUUGUAUCAAAGCAUGGCAAAAUAUCACGAGGCCGAAGAGUUGCACAAACGCGCCAUCAAAAUCAAAAGUGAUCUACUUGGUACUUUCGACUAUGAGGUUGGAUUAUCUAUUGGUCAUUUAGCUUCUUUGUACAGUUACCAUAUGCAAAAAUAUCGUGAAGCCGAAAAAUUAUAUUUGAAGAGUAUUGCAAUUAGUUUAAGACUGUUUGGUAGCAGUUACUCUGGCUUAGAGUACGACUACAAGGGACUAUGUAAUGUUUAUGAACAACUCAACGACACUGACAAAUAUUUAGAGUAUUCAAACAUUUUGGACACGUGGCGAAUGAUUCGCGAGGGGAAUUUAGAGGUCUCAACAUCCGGUAACGAACUUAAAGAGGAGAUCACAUUAGAUGAAGUGCGUGAAAAGUUCUUUGACUUGUGUAGUCGACAUGUGGCCGUGGUAGAGUCUGAUAAUAAUUAAAUUUAAGGAAAAACUUAAAUAGUUUUUACUUCGUUCAUUAGUUUAAAUCAAAAAAAUCAUUUACUCCACGCAACUCUAGCAUCAAAAAAAUUGAAAAUAACAUAAAUAUAUUUAAACUAAUUACAAAAAGAAAAACAAUUUAAUCAAUUAAAUAAAAUUGUGAAGCGCUUUUUUAUCAUUUUCGGUGUCGCAUUGAGAACACGUAAGACACACAUACACACAGACAAACACAAUUUAUAGGUACCAUUUGAAACAAAAUUGAUCUAGUUUAUUUAUUACUGUUUUAUGCAAAAAAAAACACAGAAAAAAUAAAUAAUUUACAAAGAGAUAGAAAAUGAAGGAAAGAUGUAAUUCAAUAGAUGUGCGCGUUAAUAUUUCUAUGUGAAAUAGAAUUUAAAAAAAUAAUACACAUUGCUUUUCUAAAAAAAACCCAGAUAUUAUUGACUGGAUAGCAAAAGUAAAAAAAAAACAUUAAAUUUAUAUACAAAA